CUGCUUCUUAUAUGAAUGGUGGGGACACUGCAUUAAUGACUAGGACCUGUGGGCAGCUCUUCCUGCUGUUGUUCGUCGUGCUGAGUGACGUGGGACGACACAGGAAACUUUAACACAGUUCCUGUUAAGCAGAGCCAGGUGGUUUUUGUGAAUCAGCUGUCUUGGAGAGUACAAAUUCCGAUUGUGGUGGAUUCAAUUUUCUGUAUCCUCUGUCUCUCCGCCUCUGCUUUAUUCUCGCUAUCUCGGUCUCCCUCCCUCGCUCUCUCUCUCUCUCUUUCUCUAUCCUUCUCUUACUCCCACUCGCCUGUGAAAGUACUAUAUCGGCAAGAGCUCUAUGUUGCCGAGGGACGAUCAUUGGCAAAAGACACAAUAAAUGCGAUUAAAGUUAGCCAUCGUGGCCAGACAACCAACUCCGGAGACACGUUGAAAAUGGCUGGCCAUGUUCCAGGGAUCAAAGACUGAAGUGCCUGGGAACUUUUCUGGAACUGUCGUGCCCCUGUGAUUGUGUCUGUGUGCUCAGGGAGGCUAUUUUGCAAAGCGAGACCAAUCAUUUCUCUUGAUUCCCUGACUGAGAGCUGGCUGACAGAUGAGGACGGAGUGAGCGAACCCCUCUAUUAGGACCUGAUAUAUUUCCCAAACAAUUUAGUGUAUUCAUGAGGCAACGCAAAUGUGGAAGCAGCAAAAUUACCGUAAUCAAUUGAAACAGCGAGCGUGUCGAUCCAUCGCUCUGAUUAUUUGGAGAUGAUCUAUCAGCCUGAUGUGUAUGUAACAAGGCGAGGUGGCAUUACAUCGCUUUUAAGUUUCAGUGAUAAGUCCAUGAUCAUUGGGCAAGUGAGUUGGACAAUGAAAAUAGGGCACCUUGGCGGGUGAGGCAAGCGUUCCCCGAACAUUAGGUAGGUGACUCUCUGGUCUAAAAGGUGCUGUUUUAAAACAAAGCCACACUGUUGAGACAACACAACGCGCAAUACUCUCUGCAAUCCCUUUUUUCAUCUAAAAAAAGAAAAGAAAGUGGGGGAAGAAAGAAUUAUCGAAGAGGAUAAGUGAUUAUGGAGGUCAGAUACAACCAGGAGACAGAACCGGGGAUGGGGCUGAAGAAUGGACUAAAGGAUGGGAAAGACAGCAAGGAUUCCCAGGCGAACCUUUCCAAAACCUUCCUAAAGGAUCAGCAGGAGUCCUUCUCACCAUCUGGGAUGGUGGAGAACUGUGAGAAGAACCGGGCGAGCACGGGGGACCCAGACUACUGCCGGAGAAUACUUGUCAGAGAUGCCAAAGGGUCUAUACGAGAAAUCAUUCUGCCAAAGGGACUGGAUUUGGACCGUCCCAAACGAACCCGGACCUCUUUCACCGCAGAGCAACUCUAUCGUCUGGAGAUGGAGUUCCAGAGGUGCCAGUAUGUGGUUGGGAGGGAACGAACAGAACUGGCCCGCCAGCUAAAUCUAUCUGAAACUCAGGUUAAAGUUUGGUUCCAGAACCGACGCACAAAGCAGAAGAAGGACCAGGGCAAAGAUUCAGAGCUGCGCUCGGUGGUGUCGGAGACGGCGGCCACCUGCAGUGUAUUAAGACUCCUAGAGCAGGGCCGGCUCCUCACGCCGCCAGGUCUGCCGGGGCUCCUGCAGCACUGUGGCAACGGCACCUUGAGUGCCGCCCUGCGAGGGCCCUCCAUGGGCAUGGCCAGCAAUGGAAGCAGCAGCAGCAGUAGUGGUGCCAGCUCAGGGACGGCCGGUGGCAGUCCCCCUCUGCCCAUAGUGACCAGUUCAGGGACGGUAGCGGGCCUCCAGAGCUCCCCGUCAGCUCAUGGACUGUUCAGCUUCCCCAUGCCCUCUCUGCUGGGAAGCGUGGCCACCCGCAUGUCCUCCAACCCGCUUUCUAUGGCCGGGAACCUACAGGAACUGUCUGCCCGCUACCUGAGCUCUUCUGCUUUUGAACCUUAUUCACGGACCAAUGGCAAGGAGAGUAUGGACAAAAACGUUUUCGAAUGAUGUUUGAUUCGUUUCGUUGCUCUCCUUGCUUUUUAUUGUCUUGGUUUUGUUUGUUUCGCCCUCUUUUGUCCUGUUUGUGUUGUGGUUGUCGUUCAUGUAAAUCCAACUGAACAUCUGAUGCCUCUCAGAGGGAGGAAAACAAAGACAUACAUUUCAUUCUUAUAAGAACAGGGUGAUUGUUUUAAAGCUUUUGCACUAAAUUAAAGUUGAAUCUCCAUGUUGUGAAUUUCAAUACAAGUACUCAGAGAAACAAAUAUCCAUGAGAUUGCAAAGGGGAAGCAUUGAUUUUUUUUGGCCACAUUUUCUCACAUUUAUUUUGCCGCAAUAGCAAUCACAAAAAGAGCCACAAAAAUGAGUCUGUUAAUAUUUUGGUAACACGUCACACAUGUUUAGCUGCUGGAGGUAAUUGGCACAUUACACACAAAGCUUUUCAGUGAUUGGCCAUGGAUGUAACAUGAUGGUACCUUUUUGAUUUUGUGUUUUAUUAUUUGAUUGUUUGGGUAGACAGUGUCACAGUGUUUCGAAGUAGAGAGUUAUCAAGCAUUACAGCUUGUGAAGUUCAGGUGACAGACUGUCAGUUCAGGAUGGCAUGGUGAACUUGGAGUUCGGCCCUUGUCAAAUAUGACAUUUCAGUUUACGGAAAUAUCACAGGUCUCUUUUUCCAUUUGCAGAUACUCAUGAGGAACACAGGCAUUUAACAUACAAAUGCAUUUACAUAUGCAGAUGUUUUGCAAUAUUAAGCUACAAUAACAGUAUUUUAUACCAGUUUGUAUUUGUUUUUAUGUUUGGGCCAAAACAAACUAAAGAAAAAUGUUGUCAAUAGUUCAAUUGUUCUGUGUUAGUUGUUUUAUAAAUGGGUUUGUGAGGGUUUUCCCAAUAUGAUUUUAAACACAGUCUACAUUUGUGACUUUUAUGUCUUAAAGCUGCAGUAUUCCACUUUUUCGUCUGUGAUUUUAAGAAUACUGGAGUGGUAGUCCAGAUUUCCAUGUAAGAGUUGGAGAAAAGCUUGGAAGUGUGGAGCUGGGCAAAGAGAGGAUGGAGGAAAGGGUUCUGGAAAAGCUUUUGAACUACAGUAAGCAGCUUGCAUAGUUGGAUAUACAGAAUUGAACUUGAUGUUACAUGAUUGAAAACAGUGCAGAAGGUCUUGCAGUCUUUUAAGACCUUUUCCCGUGUGAAAUGUUUUAAGAUCAGUCACCAUGGCGUGAGGUUUAGUAGGAAAGGAGCAUGAGGUGACUGAGUGAAAUUACUGUAGUACAAAAGAAAGAAACAUGAGAAUUGUACCUAAAAUUGUUAUUUUAUUGUAAAUUAUUAAUGUCCGUAAUUAAUAGAUGAUUAGUAUGUAUAUCUGAAAAAUAAUGAAUGAAUGAAUGAAUGUAAGGGAGGAGGUGAUAAAUCAAUCAAAGCUCUUUGGUGCUGUUGUUGUGAAAUAACUUGAACUUGUGACAUGUGUGGUAAGAGUGUGGAUUCAUAUUAUAUACAGUAUAUAUGCCUACCAAAAAAGACAAGUGUGUUUUUUAUUAUUUUUCUUUCAUACAUUCAUCAUGAUGAUAAUCCAGUUAUGAUUAAAAAAAAGGCCAUGUUGUACCCUCAUUGACAA